UCACUGAGUCUUAUGAAAUUAAUUAUUGAAUUUAAACUUAAACCUUUCAAACGUACAAUUAUUAACAAAGGGACUUGUGCUCUAUAAAAUUGGUGGCUGUUCCUGGUGACCUCUGGCAAGCAAGUGGGCUCUCAUCUACCCCUAUUCUCUACGAUCAUACUUCCGUAUUCCAAAUUUGCAUAUUAUUUCCAGCCCAGUGAGUAGAAUAAUGAUCAUGGUUUUCUAGGUUCAAAAUUCGCGCUCUCUGGCUCCCAAUGACUAUAAUUUCUAUCUCGGUUAGUGAAAUAAUAUGUCUAGGUUGUAUUGGUAGCACUGUUUCUACAGAAGAAGACCAGCGGUUUACGUUUUUGUUUAUUUCUGGAAAGAAGGUUAUGUCGCACGUUCUACCACAUUACAGAGCAUUUUGAAAUUGAUAUAAAGAAGAAUGAGUGCUCCAUUUCUUUCACCUGAGCAAAUAGGAGAUAUGCUGAGGGGUGAUCUUUCUGAUAUAGAAGAUUUGAAUGAAGAAGAUGAUGAUGCUGAUGACGAACUUCAAGUGAAUGAAGAAGAACUACAACGGAGGCUACAAGUUUUUGAAGAGGGACUAAAUCAGGUAGAAUAUGAUACUAAUAUUCAGAAUGAUGACCCAGCCCCUGAUCUUCCAGAAGUGAUAGGCCUAGACAAUAAUGAAGGAUUGAUUGAAGUGGGAGGAGAGACUGCAUCUUCUUACAACCCAGUACCUAGAUGGAGGAAACCACGGGAUUUCAGAUUUCCUGAGAAGCUAUGUGAAGUUCAGAUUACACCCCCAGAAGAAAUGAAAACUCCCAAACAGUAUUUUGAUAUGUUUAUUGAUUCAGAAAUAAUUGAGAAUCUAGUAGUCCAGACAAAUUUAUACUCUGUUCAAAAAAGUGGAGCUAGCAUUAACACAAAUAGAGCAGAAAUCGAACAGUUUCUUGGCAUCAAUCUGCUGUCUUCUAUUGUAAGGAUGCCUUCCUAUCGUAUGUACUGGGCCAAUGAAACGAGGUACUCCCCUAUUGCAGACAAAAUUUCUAGAAAUAGAUAUGAUAAACUUCGUACUUACUUCCAUGUAAAUGAUAAUACCCAUAUGCUGCCAUUGAAUGAUGCUAAUCAUGAUAAACUUUUCAAAAUAAGACCAUUUGUGAAUGCUGUUCGAGAAAAUAUGAAGAAGGUAGAACCAGAGGAAAAAUGUUCAGUGGAUGAGAUGAUAAUCCCUUUCAAGGGCAGAUCAAAAAUGAAACAGUAUAUAAAAAACAAGCCCCAUAAAUGGGGCAUAAAAGUUUUUGCUAUUGCUUCACAGAGUGGGAUUGUACAUGACUUUGAGGUUUAUGUGGGGAAAGGGACAGUGAAAUCUACAAAUAAUAAACUGGGACUUAGUGGAGAAAUAGUUGUACGACUUUCAGAAGUUAUACCCAAAUUUCAAAACUACAAAUUGUUUUGUGACAACUGGUUUACUUCAUACCAUCUGAUUUGUGAACUAAAAGUGAGAGGCAUAUUGGCAGUUGGUACUGUAAGAAGUAACAGGCUCUGUGGAUGUCAAUUAGAAAAUGACAAAAUUUUAUCAGGGAAAGGUCGAGGCAGCUAUGAUGAAAUGAUUGACAUUGAGAAUGAAGUUUUUGUUUGCAAAUGGUAUGAUAAUCGUUGUGUGAGUCUUGUCUCCAGUUUUGCUGCUGCUGAACCUGUUGAAGAUGUUCAACGAUAUUCUGUUGCAGAAAAACAAAGGAUUCCUGUACCUCGGCCAAAUAUUGUAAAAGAAUACAAUUCUGCAAUGGGGGGCGUUGACCUUCACGAUAUGUUAGUGGAGCUCUACAGGAAUAAACAUAGAGUGAAGCGAUACUACUUGAGGAUAGUGUUUCAUCUUAUCGACAUGUGUGUAGUAAAUUCAUGGUUGCUAUACCGCCGGCAUCACAAACAAUUGCAGUCGACCACAAAGGUAGUUCCACUACUUGACUUCAAAACAAGUGUUGCCCAUGCUCUCCUGUCUUGUGGGCAAGACAAAUUGAAGAAGCAAGGACGACCUUCAAAUGAUGCUCCAGUGUACAAAGCACCAGCCAAAAAAUACAAAAUCACCCCUAGACCGACCGAUGAUGUUCGAUUCGAUGGAGUAGACCACUGGCCAAUACCUACAAAUGAAAAACUUCGAUGCAAAAACUGUAUCACGCAAUACACACAAAUGAUGUGUCAGAAAUGUGGACUUUUUUUCUGUCUAAACCAGAAGAGGAACUGUUUCCUCUCUUUCCACCAGAAAAAGUGAAAUUUUUCUUUGGCUUUUCUAUUUGUUUCAUCUAUUUUUAUGCGUUUUUAUCUAUAUGACAAUAUUAUACAUCACUUUU